CUGACGACGAGGAGGGGCAUGGAUCUCCCCAUCCUGUCGUCUGCCGGCCGCCGUCGUGCUUCCUUCCUUCUCCGUACAUCAGCCCAGUGCAUGUAAAUUAUAUAUAAAUUGCGAGGAAUCAUAAUGGAGGAGCCCAGUAACAGAGCUUCCUCUCGGCCAGAAUCACUCUCGGAUCUAUUUCAUGCCCCUCUACCGGAGGAGUGGAGGGGGCAGAUUGUCAAGGUUGCAGAAUACAUACCUAAGGUUCAAGGCGAGCCAAGGCGAACAUUAUGGCGACUAAAUAGUUCAAAUAUGUGCAAAUACCAGGGUCCUAAGGGGCCAGCCGGGGUGCCCCUCGACCCUCCUGCAGAUAUUGUUGAGGCUACAGCGCCAUCAUCAUCGGAAGAAGCAAAGGCGGAUAGAUGCAACGCAAGGAGGAAAAGAAUGCGUUCAAUCCAUUCCGACGACAUGUUCAAGUACCGUGGGUGCUCAUGGCCGCAGGUGGUGGGUCUCAAUGUGCACAAGGCCAAGAGGAUCAUCAUGAAGGGCAAGCCGGACCUCUCUUGCGAAGUCGUCCUGGAGAACCAGCUGAUGACCAUGUGCUACUGCUCGAGGCGCGUCCGGGUCAUUGUAGAUAGGCACAACAAGGUCGUGAAAACCCCUCGUGUGGGUUAAGCGUUCAUGGACGGAAUGGGGUGCGGCGUCGUCGAGGCUGCUGGAUUUUGGGUGCUCAAUCAAUUGAAAGAUGUAUCUUCCUUCAAUGAUGAUGAUUUAAGACGCUUAUUAGUGCAUUAAUUGUUCUUGACAUCUAUAUAUGUACUACGCUCCUGCAGGUUUAGCUCACGGCGAAUCAAAUAAUCUUGAUAUGUACCAGCUAGCUGGAAAAUGUAUAUACACUAGUUUCUUUC